AUGGCACAGACUGAAGCAGAGUGCAGCACACCGCUCCCGUUCAGUGUGGACGCUCUCAUGGCACCGGACCGCCGCUCUGUACCCCAGAUGCCCUUCCACAGGUCACCACAUAGUGACGUCAGGAAUGAGGCGCACGACGCAAGCACCGUGGUCUGCUGCGGUCUUUCCCCUGCGCCCACUCCUGACCCUGCCACUGCACCCGCCCCUGGGCCCUGCUGCCCGCUGCGCAGACACAGGACAAACCGAAGGCCACGCACACCCUUCAGCGCCGCGCAGCUGCGUGCGCUCGAGCGGCAGUUUCAGCACAAACAAUAUCUAAGCAUCGCAGAGCGCGCGGGGUUCGCCGCUUCCUUGGAGCUGACAGAGACACAGGUCAAGAUCUGGUUCCAGAACCGACGGGCCAAAGCUAAGCGUGUACACGAGGCCGAGGUCGAGAGACUGAAACUGAAGCAUCUGCUGCCCCCUCCUGGUGUCCUGUGCAACUACAGCUAUUGCAACUACUACUACAGCUCCAUGAGCCACUCGCACUGA